AUGCAUAAGCAUAUAAAGAGCCACCCCGAUGCGAUUGCAACAGACUCUGGAAAACAACAAACCACUUUAUCAAGAGAUCUUGAUCUGCUGAGUCCAUCAAGCCAUGAAACUGAGCCGCAACCAUCAACAAUUUUAUCAAAAAAAUCUGCUUUGGAAAAAUUUGUAAAAGCUCAUACACCACUUGAUGCCGAAAAUGGCAUCUAUGCGGAAAAUAAUAUAUAUGUGAGUCACCUAAAAAAAAAAAGGCAACUGUCCAUUACACAAUCAAUAGAACGCAAAUUUUCUUAUUCGGAUGGCGGAAAAGAUCAUUCAAAACUCUGCAAGUUGUUGCUUUACUUUAUUUGCGUCGACAAAAGACCAUUUGAUAUCGUAAAAGGGCGUAGAUUUAACAAAUUGAUGAAGAAAGCCUGCCCAUCAUUUAAAAUUCCAAGCGUUGAUACGCUAAAAGCUCAAUUGGAUGAUUUUUAUACUAUAAUGCAUUCUAAAAUUCAAAGCACAUUUGAAAAUGUAGCUCACGUGGCACUAAUAUGUGAUGUUUGGACCGAGAUGAUGACUGUUACCAGUUAUUUAGGAGUUACUGCUAAUUUUUUGCAUAAUGAUAGUCUUAUGUCUCGUUGCAUAGCCACCGUUGCUCUAGAUGAAAGGCAUACUGGUGAAUACAUAGCUGCAAAAUUGAAUGAAAUUUGUACAAGCAUGCACAUCAAUACAGAAAAAAUAUCUGCGAUAGUGACAGACAACGGCGCGAACAUAACAGCAGCUACAACAAUUUUUCUUGGGAAAAACCAUCACUUGCCUUGCUUUGCCCAUACACUAAAUCUCAUCGCUGAAUCUGCAAUGUCAGUUAAUGACUUCAAUUUAUUAAUAAGCAAAGUGCGUGACAUUGUAAAAUACUUCAAGAGCAGUGUAAUUGCCAGCGAUGUGUUACGAGAAAAGCAAGCUCGCUCUCAACCUCUUAAACUGAUUUUGGAUGUAAAGACACGGUGGAAUUCCGUUUAUUAUAUGCUCCAGAGAUUUAUUGAGCUAACGCCUAUAGUAUAUCAAGUCUUAAUGUUGAAUGUUAAAGCACCGCCCACACUCUCAGCUUUAGAAAUUCAAAAUAUUAAAACAUUGAUGAGUAUUUUGAAACCACUAGAAUAUGUUACCAAAGUGCUGUCGGGUGAACGAUAUGUGACUAUAAGCAAAAUUAUACCGAUUGUGAAUUGCCUGAAGGCGCAGAUUAAUGAUGUAUAUGUGCCUGUAGGUGAGGACUACGAUGAUAUGACAGUACUACAUGCGUGCCAAAAACCAGUAUAA